GAACCGACCGCCAUGACUGCAACCCUUCCACCCUUCGUACACAACAUUUUCACUUACUUUCCUCUGCACACAUACCCACCGAUACCUUCACCUCAUAAAGCCCGAACAGUAACUUCACCAGAGCUCUGGAUUCACGCGCCACGCUCAUCCGAACCCUCCCUUGAGUCUUCAUAUUCAUCAGACCUAUUCAGCUCAGACGUCGAAUGUCUCAAAUGGCAAGCCUACAUUGCUUUGAGGGGGCUUACGGGGAUAUCUGUACGAUGGGAUAUCCAACCUGAAGGUGCUAUUGAAGGAAGGUUGCCUAACCUUCGCGUUCCUCUCAAAGAGUUUGAGCCGGAGGAUACGAAGGUGAAGGAUGACGGGGAGGGUGAAUUGUUACCUGCGCAUUUGAUUAUGGAGUGGGUGGAUAAGAAAGUGGGUAAUUUAGGUGAUUUGGAAGGGUAUGUGAACGAGGAUGCCAGGGAUGAAAGUCGGGCUUGGGUUAAGUUGUUAGAGGGAGACGUUCAUGCUGCACUGGAGGUAUUCCAGCCUGCAGAGAACGACUCUUUUCUCAAACUCCUCUCACCUUAUGGUGCAGUCCACCAUCCGAUCCAGACUAUCUUCACACAACCCCUUCAACCCCUGACAGGUUGGAGUUCACUUAUACGGCCAUAUGGUGUACACAUUGAUAGGAAUGCUGUGGAGUUGAAGUACAAGGACGCCAUCAGUGCGCUCUCAGAACGUUUAGGGACGGACAAGUGGUUCCUCGGCUCCGCAUCUCCAACAGCACUGGACGCGCUUCUCUUUGCCUACCUACAUUGUCUCCUGCAUUCCAAAGACCAUACACUCAGAUUCGAGAUCACGCGAAGAGUGAACUUGGUGGCUUGGGAACGAAGAGUGCACAGCGACGUACGAGCCGCGUUCCAACCGUACUCAAGGGCAUGAUGCGAAUUGGCAGGACACAAAAAGGUGCACAGGACGAUUGCGACUAUCUAGAUGGCACAUACAUACAGCAUACAAUCCCGUCUACAGUAUGAGAAUAACAACAAGAGUAGCGUUAUGCGGAGUGCAACUAGAACGACAAACGUGAAGGGUAAAGGAAUAUGUGGCACGAAGCGUUUGAGCUGUGGAUUGAAUGCGACUUUCACUCCGCUUUUCCAUUUGCCUUGCCAUUUGCUUUGCCAUUCGCAGGUUUCCCCGAGGUGUCAACCUCGAAUCGUUUUCGGAUAGUCUGUAUCAUCUUGGUGAACCUGCAGACAAAGCAUAGAAGCCCUCAGGACAAGAGGUAUGUGGAAAAUGCAAUAUACAACGAACCAAACGAUGUUCAGAGAGUUCAAGAUGAUGUUCCCGAUGAAGAGUGUAGCAGUGAGGGCUGUUGGGACUUGAUCCUUGACCUCCCAUAGCGUCCACAGG